GGUAUAAGAGGUGAUAAGCGAUCCAUCCUGGUAAAUGGCCGUGUGCACUUCUAACUAUCUGUUGAAAACUAGUCAACCCCAUCUUCUCUUUCUUUGCUACGCUGAACAACCUGUGUUAAGGGCCUCCCCUUGGUGACACAGAUUAUCAAUUGAAUGGGCAUAGAGACGUCUUUAGCUGAUGUCGAGGAAUCGACGGAGCCUCCUAUAUGUUCCUACACGAAGAAAACCACAACACAACCGACUCGAGACAUAGAGGUCACGCUAUCUGCUGAAAAGACAGACCCUGCUCCGUCACGGGAUAGUGAAGGUAUAAAAAUUGGAGAUUCAGACCAAGAGAUUUCUCGAAAUUCGUCUCAGCUUGCUCAUACCGUCGACCCUGAGCUGCUUGCCUCGAUACUUCAAGUUGAUCUCCAGUAAGCGCCAUAAUGGC